CUACGAAUACAGGUACCGGACAUCUAAGUUCCAGGUGCAGCUUGCUUGAUCUCUUCUUCCCAUCCAUUGUCUCUCAGCAACGGGCUUCAAGAUGCAGUCCAAGCUCCUCCUCGCAACCCUCUCGGCCGCUGCCGUUGCUCCGGCCGCAGCUGAGCAAGUCCUCGGCGUCUACAUCUUCCAUCGACACGGAGACCGUACAUCCAAGGCCUGGAACCCCGUCGGCUUGACCCCCUUGGGAGCCCAGCAGGUGGCCAGCUCUGCCGACUUCUACCGCAACCGCUACAUCACCAGCAAUGCCGACCUGCGCAUUGCCAGCAUCAGCGCCGACCAGGCUGUCCUGUCCCAGCUCGCCGUCACGGCCCCCGUCGACAAUGUGCUGCAGAACUCGGCCAAUGUCUUCGUCCAGGGCCUGUAUCCUCCGUCCAAGAGCGCCGGAUCCCAGAAGCUUGCCAACGGCACUACCGUCGAGGCUCCUCUGGGCGGAUACCAGUACAUCCCGGUCAACACCGUCUCCACAUCUGCCAGCUCGGCCAAUUCCGAGGCAAACGCCUGGCUCCAGGGCAGCAGCGGUUGCAGUGAUGCUGUUGUUAGCUCAAACAGCUACUUCCUGACCCCCGAGUAUCUCAGUACCUUUAACGACACUAAGGACUUUUACCAGAACCUGCUGCCCGUCAUCAACACCACUUUCAACACCACCACUGCCACCUUCAAGAACGGCUACUCAAUCUUUGAUUACAUCAAUGUUGCCACAAUCCACAAUGCCUCCAUUCCCUCUGACAACCUCCUCACUAAAUCUACCCUCUCCAACCUCUAUGAUUUGGCUUCUACCCACGAGUGGAACCUCGCCUACAACAGCAGCGAGCCCGUCCGUGCCAUUGCUGGAUCCGUCCUUGCUGGUCAGAUCAUGACUGCUCUCCAGGGCAUCGUCGACGGCAAGUCCGUGCCUCGCUUUAACAUCCAGUUCGGAGCCUACGGUGCCUUCAUGGCCUUCUUCGGCCUCGCCCAGCUGCCCGCUGCCUCCAAUGACUUCUACGGCAUUUGCAACUACGCCUCCUCCAUGGUCAUCGAGCUUGUCGCCCCCAGCGCCUCCCAGACCACGGCCGACGACCUCACUGUCCGCUUCCUCUGGUCCAACGGCACUGCUGCCGCCAACGGCCUCAAGACCUACCCCCUGUUUGGCCAGAAGGAGACCACCCUCAGCUGGAACGAUUUCAAGACCGGCAUGGACAAGUUCGCCAUUGCUGAUACCCAGGACUGGUGCAAGACCUGCGGCAACACCGAUGGAAGCUGCGCCGCCAACACGACCGCUUCCAACACCCCCUCUACUCAGUCUUCCGGCAACAGCAACAUUAGCAAGCCCGUCGCCGGUGUCAUUGGUGCCCUCGUUACCCUGGGAGUCAUUCUCGGCCUCGAGGCCCUCGUUAUGCUGCUUGGUGGUCUGCGCCUUGUUAAGAAGUCGACUCUGGCUCGAGGUGCUCCUGCUGGCGAUGCUGCUGUCAAGGCAUAAAUUUGAUGAAGAUUACUUUUGGUCGUACAUAGUAUGUGUAGCUUUGGUAGGGAUGGAUGGAUAGGAUAACGUCAUAUACCCAAAUAAGAAGAUAUGAAAUUUUUACCAGUUUCGCUCA